CGCUGAGCGCUCGCAGCCCGCUGCGCAGCCGGGCUGGGGCUGAUGCGAGAGCGGCUCUGAGCUGCGCUGCUGCCGCCCGCGGAGAGCUGCGAUGGGGAGGAGCCUCUCUGAGCACGCUGUCGGCACAGACCCACCGGCAGAGAGGACAGGUCAAAGGCACACCAGCUUUUCCCUGAUGCCUGGCCAGUAACAUCAGCCAUGACCCGGAGGGACAGGCACAAGAGGUAGUUUGGUCUUCUUAGCGAGGUCAGCCCAGAGCUCUGCCCCUUGAGGAGAGACCUUCGGAGGUGCUGAAGGAUGAGUGGGAUAAUGCCAACUCCUGCUGCUCCCUGCUGAGCUGGGACACCAAACUCAAACCGCUUUAGACCUGAAGCUGGACUUUACCUGCAGUCCUGGUCUUAGAAGGAAAUGCUGUCUCUCCUCUGUGGCCAUCCCUCAGCUCUCAACGUCUUCCAUUGAACAAUUGACUUUCCACUCUAGGAGGCAAGGAGCAAAUGGGUUGAGGACAACUGACCCUUCUUGGCUUUGGCAAAGAGGAUCCUUUGGUGCAUUUUUAAGUGCCAGGACAUGAAACAGUAAAUCCCUUCUUCCUGCACUCCUGCCUCCUGCGAGCAGCCCUGACUGCGGUCCAAGCCAGCCAGUUAAAGGGUUAACCAUAGCUGGAUGCCUGCAUGGCUGCCUUACUGAUCCCACGGAGGAACAGAGGGAUGAGGACUCGCCUGGGCUGCCUGUCUCACAAAUCAGACUCAUAUAAUGAUUUCACAGCUAUUCUUCCGGACAAGCCCAACCGGGCUUUGAAAAGACUGUCAACAGAAGAAGCUACAAGAUGGGCAGACUCUUUUGAUGUCCUUUUGUCCCAUAAAUAUGGGCUGGCAGCUUUCCGUGCUUUCCUGAAGACAGAGUUCAGCGAGGAGAACCUGGAGUUCUGGCUGGCCUGCGAGGACUUCAAGAAGACGCGCUCGGCGGCCAAGCUGGCCUCCAAGGCCCAGCGCAUCUUCGAGGAGUUCAUCGAUGUGCAGGCCCCUCGGGAGGUGAACAUAGACUUCCAGACACGGGAGCUGACAAGAAGAAAUGUGCAGGAGCCCUCCCUCUCGUGCUUUGACCAAGCUCAGGGGAAGGUGCACAGCCUGAUGGAGAAAGACUCGUACCCCAGGUUCCUGAGAUCCAAAAUUUACACAGACCUGCUGUCUCAGACCCAGAGGAGGCUCAGCUAGGACAGCAACGGGGCCCUCAGAAACCACGUGCUUCCCACAACAGCCAAAACCCAUGUCUAAAUGUGAAACUCCUCGGUGUUAAAAGCAGUGGGAAUGGGAAAAGAGGGAGAAGGGGCAGAGGAAGUUUCCAGAGAGUGAUCCAGGUGUGGUAUUAAGACUCUUUGACUAUCUGUGCUUUUUUUUUUCCUUGUUAGCAGUAGCACCUUGCAGUCCUUCCCUCUGUCUAGCACAAACCCACAACCCCCUUGUGGGUCACCUGUGGGCAAGGCAGGUUCCCUUUAAAAUGGCUGGGUUGGUUUGUGUGUAAAUAACACCUUUCCAUCCUUCCACACUUCUCCCUGUCUCUCACCUCUCUUCCUGGUGCUGGAAGGGCCCCAAGGGCAGUGCUGACACUUGUGAAGCCACAUCCAGCCCGUCUCUCACAGGUUGGCUGCUGGGGUCUGGACCAGAGACUGAGGGGAGGGAGAGAGGAGACAAAGGCACAAGAUUAAUUCAAUUUCUUGAAGUGGGAACCAUCAGCAAACUCAGCUCACCUCCCAAUUUUUUUUUUUUUUUUUUUUUUUUUUUUUUUUUUUGGCACACCUUAUGACUUGGCUGCUACCUUGUCACUGCCCCUUUUCCUUCAGGGAUGGAGGCUCAGAGUAUUCUCGAGGAGCUGAGCUUUCCUCGUGAGGAAGGUAAUCCCAAAAGCUCUCACCAGGCCUAGGCAGGAAAAUCUUCUAAUGUGAAUGAUUGUUUUUGGUGGCUAUUAUUUAUUUGUGUGGUAGUUCAGUCUCAGGCAUCAUUCAGGCUCUGUUGUGCUGGGCACUGGACCAAAACCUAGCACAAAGGGCUCCUGGCUGCCACAGGCUUGGUGGCUCCUCAGGAACGACCUGUUGGGAGAGAGUGGAGAGGAGGAAUGUCCCCUCUGACCCUUGCUGAGGUGUAGGAAAAGCACAAGGCCCGUUUGCCGCAGCAGAUGGCAUUUUUCAUGGGGUACCUGGGAUUUUACGUGAAAAAUCCCAUUUCUAUUUUUGUUAUUUCCUGAUUACUGACUGUUCCUACUCACUGAGUGUCUGCUGUGGGUUCAGUGCCCUGCAAAGAGCUCCCCUGCUGCAGGGUGCUUGUCCCCAGUGGGACACAAAGCAUGGGGUGAGCAGGAUGGGUGUUGGGGUGUGCAGUGGGGUGUGAGGGGCUCUUUGGCCCUAUUCCCAUAGCCUGGAUGGCCGCUGCAGGAGAAUUCUCUGUGCAGAUGUCAGGGGUGUAGCAUCUCCUCUGUGCUGGGCAAUAAUUCCUUCCAUCUGACGGCCCCAUUUCCAUGGCAUUGCUGUUCCAGCUUGGCAGAUUCUUGCAAUAUUUUUGCGGGGAGAAGCAGACAGCCUGUCUGUGGAUUUGAGCCGGCAGACCAAAGGUCUCUUUUCUUAAUUUAAUGAAGGCCUGGAAAGUGACCCCAUGGAUCUUUUUCUUCUCUCAGUCAUCCCACACCAGAGGCUGUAAACCUCUGCUCCAGCCAGGGGUGGUGGGUGGGUUUGAUACAUCAGAAAACUGCUGAUAUAGACUUUGUGUAAUGUGGUGUAAAUGAGGUAGAAUGAAUUCUGAAGCCAAGCAAAAUGUUUGUGGAAGAAGAUAAAAAAAAGUCUGGCUGGAUAUUAAAAAUCACUGUCCAUUAAUUAAGUAGGAAAGAACUUUUUGAGGCUUUUUGCAAGGAUGAUGUGCAGGACAGUUGGACAAACAGGUGUAGGAUCAAGACAGAGGUGGUAACCAUGCUGGGUUUAUUCUGAAGGUGUAUUCCUGUGGUCUCCAAGACACUGACGUCAAAAUACAUUGCAAGUGCAAACUUUAUCUUCAGUAGGGUGACCUGUUUUUCAGUGCCUGGUUGGCCAGCAGCAGAAUCCUCCAGGUCUUUUGAAGGCAAAUCUCAUCUCCAGUUAAAUUUCCGUGAGGAAUGGCCAGAAAGCAGCAGUGACCGAACAUUCCUGGCUGUCCCCUGCCCCUGCAAGGACACCUGAGGAGCUGGGGCUGGCCUGUGGUGACAGAGGUGACACAGCUCCUGGGACUGUUGAGGCCCCUCAUGGGACGCAAGAGACACAAAGCUCAAGGUCUGGAUGUGGCAGUUUGACACAAACUUUUUGCUGUUUGCUUGAAAGUGAGAGCAGUGAGACACCUGGAAAAUGCUCCAGAUUUGCCAUGAUUUCUCCAAGGGAGCCAGCUCAUGCAGGAGCUCAGUAUCCCAAAGCUUUAUGGCAAGCAAGGCACAGUGAGACAGGUCUGGUGAACCUGUGCAAGGCGUGGAGGGAAUCAGAGGUGGAAGCAAAGGACACAGAGCCACAUAUCCAGUGGCUGUCCCUGGUGAAACCUGGGCUGUAGGAAGGUGUCUUGGUUUGAACAGCCAGGUGUCUGCUCAGGAAGGCAGGAGCCUCCAUUGAAAUGGAAAAUAUAAACCCCCUCCCUCCAAAUUAUUAUGAUUUUGAAAUUAAGGGGCUCUCAGGCAAAGAUGUGGGAGCAGGAAUAACAGUUCUGUACUAGGAAAAUUUAAAAUAAGAAUACAAUAGCAUAAAACAACACUGCCAGAGUCAGAACAUGCCCUGUCAGGCUGUGGGUCAGGGAGGUGGCAGCAGCCCCAUCCCAUGGGGGCUCAGCCCUCCUGCAGUGCCAGCUGUGCUUCUGCUGGAGCAGGAUCCUGCACAAGGGGGGAGUUUUCCUCUGGAGCUCCAGGGCUGGAGGAGAUGGGCCUGGACUCCACUGGGAAUGCAGUGGGAAGAAAGCUGCUCCUCUGGGAAUGCAGUGGGAAGAAAGCUGCUCCUCUGGGAAUGCAGUGGGAAGAAAGCUGCUCCUCUGGGAAUGCAGUGGGGAAGAAAGCUGCUCCUCUGGGAAUGCAGUGGGGAAGAAAGCUGCUCCUCUGGGAAUGCAGUGGGGAAAAAAGCUGCUCCUCUGGGAAUGCAGUGGGAAGAAAGCUGCUCCUCUGGGAACGCAGUGGGAAGAAAGCUGCUCCUCUGGGGAUGCAGUGGGCAAAGGCUGCUGUGCUGUUCCCAGGUCAGAUUGUAUCCAGGUAGGAAUGUUUGGCUCCUCCCCAGGGCAGAGCAUCUCCCCAUGGGAUGAUGGAAUUUUCUCAGCCAUGCAGGGACACUCACUGGCCAUGAACAGAAGAGAUCUCCUGCAGGGAGGAUGAGUUAUGGAAGAGAUAAAGAAAACUGCCCAAUGAACAGAGGAUAACUGCCCCAGCUCUGACAGAUGGGAAUUGAAUACACACCCCCAGCCACAUUGCCUAACCUAGGACAGAAGGAGUCAUAUCACCCCCACAGGCCCUGCCAGGGGCCAGGAGUGAGGAGAGCAAACCCAACCUCGCUGCAGUGACACACUCAGGACCUGCAAGGGAGGAUGGAAAUCUUCCCUCUCUGGCUGUGAGCAGAGGCUGGGGGAAUUCCCCUUUCCCAGAAACGCUGUCUGCCACCCCUGUGUAACGCUGGGAUCUCCCAGGGGCACAGGCUGCUUUUGCAGUUUCUUCUCCCUUCUGGGUCACCAAAAACUGGUGCCUUGGAGUGGCUGCCUAGAACAGAGGCUAGAUAGAGUUAAGAGGAUGAAGUGGUUAUUUAUUGAAGGCCUUCAACAGGCACACUUUGGGCAGUCAGAGCCUCCAAGAGGGGCUACACCCAAGAUGGACAAUGUUUUUUGAGACAAUUAUAAGUUUGGUCCAUUUACAUAUCAGGGGUUAAUCCUCCAAUUCCAGGUAAUAAAGUCAUAUUCCCCCAGCUUGCUCCCCCCCAAUUCACUUUUUGUUUAUCCUUUUUGGGGCCUGAGGCUGUAGGGUGUCAUUGGAUCACAGGCCCAGAGGGAUUGUUUUGUCUGACCAAAACGUGAAGAGAGUUAACUACAAUUUAUGUGGAGCUAUGCACUAAUACAGUAUAGGAUUUGAAAUAUAUAAAAGCUAAAAUCUUAAGCCUGUGGUCCCAGUUUUACCUAGUGAUCCCACUGCUGCCAAAGGGCAGCUCAGGUUCUCAGCACUGUGGCAUCAAGCAAAUGCUGCAAGUGGUGAACGAGGCCACCUUGUCUGGCCCUGCCCUCCUUCUUUCCACCUUCCUCUUGUCUGUGCAUGCAAAAAAAGCAUCCCAGAGCUGCCCAGGAUGUGAGAGCCAGCAGAAGGAGGCUGAAGCAGUCACUGCUCUUAAAGAGAAGGCAGAAGGCCAUGACAGCUGCCUUGUGGUACUGCUCUCCAGACAGACCUUCUGAGUGGACUUGGGUGGUGCUGACCUCUGAGACACCCCAGACAAGGCUCUGCAGCACCUUGGAGAGGGCCACAGAGACAGCCAGGCCAGGGCACACAGCAGGAACAAGAGGCUUGUGUCCAGGAACGUGAGUGUGUGGACAAUCCCCUGGCUCUCCUGGUAUCCAGAGUGUGACUCCCUGGUCGUGUCCAGAGUGUAACUCCAUUUCUCCUUGAGAUCCUCCAGCAGCGUUGGUGCUGGAAGUCCUUUCAUUUCACAUCAGAACUCAUGGGAAAACUUCAAAGUGGCCAACACCCUGUAAAUCCAAGCUCCCUUCUCUCCUCCAUCCACCUGGGGAAUCACUUGGAGCAGGGCACACCUGGAGAUGUCAUUGCUGCAGUGGUGACAGGAGCUGGAAUCAGGCUGGCUGAUGUAGGAAACUGUGUUUUCCCCAGUAAACUGGGCCCCAGUAAAUUGUUCCCUCCAUUGGGAACAGCAUCCUAGAACACAGAGAGGAGAAAAAGUAUUGUCUAAGGCAUUUGAGUCUACUACUCCUUGUUUUUGUUGUUGCUCUUGCAGUUUUUCUCUCUGGAAGGAAAGCAGACUAGUUAUUUAAAGUAAAAUUCUAUUUUUCUUAAACAAGAAAAUGGCACCAGCUGCUUCUUUUAUGACAAAUGUCAUUCUGAAUUGAACCAAAAUAAACAGCUUGUAGCUCUACCCCUUAAACCAGGGGCUGAUCAAGGAAAUAAUGACUGAGCCAAUGCUUUGGAAAGAGCUGAGUGGUGACUAAUCCCCACCAAGGACAAAUAUCUUAUCCUUGACUCAUCUCUUCCUGGUGUGAAAGGGACACACACAACCUACAAACCCAUUUCCCCUCUCCACAAGCACACACCUUCCACAUUUUCCUCCUGUUUGGAGAACGUUAAAAUGUGCCAUCACAUGAAGAGAAGGGGGAAAAUAAUGGUUCAUUCAGUUCUUUUUUAUUCUGUUUGCUGGCCCAUACCCCGUCAGCUCCCAGGUAGAUUGAUGGCAGAAGGGAAAAAGAGUUUACAAAUUUCCUUUUCUAUGAGCUUCAGGUGGUGUUAACUCCAGGAUCAGAUGCAAAACUCUAAUCUGUCUAAAUUUCUCCUGCUUUGCUCCAUCAGCCAGGCUUGGGAUGAUUUCCAUCACUUUUAGUGGACUCAUUAAUGCACUAAGGGGUCCCUGUUGUUCAUGCUGGGGAGGUGUGAAGGGCAAAGGGGAGGGGGAAAUUGCUGUGUGUGUCUGGGGAUGUGGGUGGAUGAGAGUGCAUGUGACUUCCUCUGUAUCUUAUUUAGUGUCCUCUACUACAGAAGCUUUUCUGAGACAUAGAUGUGCAUGUUAAAAUAGGAGAAUUAGGCACAAAUGACAUAAACUGAGAUCUUUAGCCUGUGUUGUGUUUGCCUCGUGUGUAAGUCCAAGUAGUAGUAAGAGAUGUAAAACUCUGCUAGGCUUCCAGUUACCCCUAAGAGCACAUGUAUCAAACUGAACUGAAUGUUCACUGAUAGACACAAAACCAAAAUGUUUACAGCAUUCAGAGCAAUAGCAAAGCAUACCUCAUGCCAGUCCUGGAGUGCCUCUCACCCGUCAGUGCAAGCUCUCCCCUCCCUGGGGGCCUCUGCCUUCUCCCUCCACACUCCUCCCUCUUUCUCUAUCCUGUCCUGGUUGUCUUCCCUCCUCCUUGAAGCACUCCAAACCUUCCUGUCCACCAGCACUCUUUGUCCUCAUCUAUCUGAACCUGGGACUCCCCUAACCCCGUCCUGUUUGCCUCUCCUCCAUCCCCAUCCAUCCCUCCUCUCUUCUUUGCCUUUCCCUUCCCCAGACGCUCGUCUCUGGUCAUGGCAUCUCCCUCCUACAUGCCUCCUACUGCCACUGUAAAGCUCCUAGGAGCUCCUCCUUGCUCAUUAUAUAAGAACAAAACGUUUCACAUCAUUUCUGCAUUAUCUUUCAUCCCUGGGGCUGCUGCAGUUGUCUCCUUCCUUGGUGCUGUGCUCUCUCUGGCAUCGUAGCAUUAUAUCCCAGAACUGGAAUUAAAGUUCAUUUUGCUGCUAGACCAGAAUGCUUCUGUCUACCACGCACCCCUUGGGCUUUGCAGAGGCUUGUCUUGUCCCUAAGUCUUUUGUCUUCCUUCUUUUUCUCCUUCUUCCAUGCACGCUGCACAUGCAGUGCUUGUGGCAGGGGCUGGCUAGGGUAGAGGGUGUCUGUGCUGGGGUCACUCCCAGCUGGGCACCCCCGUGGCUCUCUGGUUUAUAAAAGCAGUCUCAAUAAAGGCGUGUGGGUUGUGUUUGCUCAGCAAAGUCAGUGGUUGUGCUCUGUGCCUCCUCCUGGCUUUCCAGGGUGAUGUGUGUCUCAUCUGAGGCUGUGGUGAACUCAGCGGGAGUUCAGGGAGCUGAGGCCGUGGGAGGGAGGUGGCAGAGGGGGAUGAGCUUGUUACCAUAAACAUCCAACUUUCCUGGCAAAAAGGCACAGGAGAAAAGGCAGUGCCUGCUUCUGGAGGGACCAGGGAGCUCUGGGGACCAGCUGUGCUGUGAAUUGUUUGUCUCAAGUGGCCCCACACCUCCCAGUUGGCCUCACGUGCUGCGUGCCCCAGGCUGGCUCUAAAGCGUGGCGGAUAAGGAGCUGCUCAGCUCUGCAUUUCCAGUGCAGGUAACAGCGUUAUCCCAAGAGAAACGUCUUCAUGAUGCUCUAGCAGUGCCUGCAGCCACCAGCUGAAAAGCAGUGAGGGGAAGGAGGCACCUUCUGCUGUGUUUACUCCUGCAGACCUCUGUAGGACUCCUGGCAAGAGAGAGAGAAGGGUAUGAACACACCUUGGGGUAGAUCCCCCUUCCUUAAGAGCCACGAUUGAAGAUGUCCUCUUCUCAUAACCUCUCCCCCCAGCUCUUUUAUGAGUUACCCAAAUCAGAGCUCAGAUUUGUCCUUAAGCUCCUUGGCACCUCCCCCUUGGUGGGAUGGCAGGGUCCCCUUGAGGACGUGACUACAAGCCCAACCAAGAAAGGCUGCUUGAAAUAAAAAAGAUACCUGGUUCCUCUGCAAAUCAACUCGUGGGUGGCUCAGAAGAGACUGAGGAUGGCUCUGCUGCACGCAGUGAACUCAGAAGUGAGCCACCAGGCAGAAAGAACAGCUCAAAAGAGCUUCCCUGGGCAACGCUUUUAUUUCCAGGAGAUGCCGCUGCUGCAGCUGCCACCCUGGGGUGCCCUGGUGCUGCUGGUGUUGGGGCAGGCCACGCAGGCUGCUCAGUCUGAUCCCUUCCUGCCCAAGGAAAGGCAUGGGCUGGGCUCCCCGGGCUCCCCCUGCAUUAGCUGCUCGUUUGCUGGGCUCCCCUUUUCCCUUGGAGGCUGGAGGAGCUCCUCAGGCAUGCCACAAAUCCACCCUGAGCCGUGUCACCACAUUGUGCAGUGUUACACCCGUGCUGUAUAGACACCCUGAGGACAUAAUAAACAGCCUGAGAUUA